UCUAGUGUAGCCUUCUUGAGUUGUCGGACAGGUUUGUCUCUAAUGGUUUCAGGCAUCCUGCCUCACGUCGUGCAAGCAUGAUCGACUGUCUCGACUAGCCGGACUGAAACAGCACACAAGUAGCUCUUAAGGGGCUCAGCUUUGUUUCCAGGUGUGAGUGGUGCUGACAAUGACCCAGUCCAACAAAAAGUGGAAAGUCCUAUAGAGCCAAGAGUGCACAUUUUAGAAAGCAGGUGGUUGUUUUCUGAAAGCAAUGCCCGUGGGGACGAUCCAGCAUCCAUCGAGGCAGUCUGUGAGGACUGCUGUAACUGCGGCACCCCCUCGCCUGCGACCGAAGGGCCCAGUGGGUCCUGAUUUCUACCGGCAAAAUCCCACUGCAGCAGGCAGACCGAAGCAGAGUGCAGUGGAGAGACUGGAAGCAGACAAAGCCAAAUAUGUAAAGAGUCAAGUGGCGCUAUCCAAGCAGCAGCCAGUCAGGCCUCCUGAGCUACGUCAACCUCUGCUGAGCCCGAACGCCACUUUGAAGCCCUCCAAGAAGAUGCCCGCGCAACCCAAAACCAAGCAGGAACCUAUCCAGCUUGACUUGGAGCAUCUGAGCAAUCUGAUCAGUGAUGUGAGUGACGGACCCAAUGCGGCUGCCAAUGUAGAGUCCACUGAUACUCGCGAUAGUGAGGUUGUCCCCACUGUGAUGACUCAGCAGAAAAAAGAACGGAUGGAUAUGCCAUCUCAUCCUGACUGCUCUAGUCCCGUCAAGGUGAGACUGAAAGCAGCCGGAUCGGCCAGGGCAGAGAGUAUUACAUCUCCAACUGCAGGGACUGUGCGCCGGGUGGACGUCAUACCUCAGGCCACGCACGUGCAGACCCCUCGCAGGCCUCCACUCUUUAUCCGCCAGCCGCUUCAGCCUCUCCCAUUGCACCCCCAGUUUCCCCUCCGCCCAGUUACUUCACACCUAUACCUCCGAACAAAAAACAUGCCUCUGAAACCUGUUGUCGCUGUUCUUCCUAAACCAGACAACCUUCCUGCCUCUCUACUUCCUGUCUCAUCUCCACUCUGCAUCCCUGUUUUCUCUCCUCCGUCCCCAGCCGUUACUCUUCUGUCUUCCUCCAGCACCAGGAAACGGCCCUCUCUGACCCGUUCCAAAUCAGACAUGAGUGACCGCUUUUCCCGAGCUGGAACAGAGUUGGAACGCUUCUUCAACCUGUGUGGUUUGGACCCCGCAGACCUGCAAGAGUUGACUGGAUCUACUUCUGACAUUGUGUCUAUGGCUCGCUUCCGCAGCGUCAGCGCGCCGGGGUCCGAGUGCGCAGGCUCUGGAAGGCAGGUUGACGGUGGCGAUGAGGAGGAACAAGACAACGCUGAAGAGCGUGUUCCAUACGGUGUUUCUGUCAUUGAGAGGAAUGCAAGAGUGAUCAAAUGGCUUUACGGAGUCCGUCAGGCUAAGUGAGUGCACCUACUUGCAGGACGUUGAACUUAAAACCAUUAUGUGUUGUGCGGUACAGCAGACAUUUUUCUGAUUUCAUUUUUAAAUGGCAGCCAGGGUGAUGACAGUUUUGUUGUUUGUUUCAAAUGGGAGCAAGUAUUCUUUUCGUAAUUGUGGGUUGUGUUCAACGUGUUGGCAAUCAUUGGCCAAUGAACAUAAACCCAAGGAGUUAUGGAUAAUGGUGAGGUUAAAGGUCAAAUCUGUACUGUUUGUUUUUUUUUUUGUUUUUUUUUUGGUCAACGUUCUCAACUCACGUUAGCAAUUUCAGGGUUUAGCGUUUUUAUUAUUAUUAUUAUUACAGUAUUAUUAUCAUACGUCUUAGCAGCAAUCCUUUUAGAUGUUGAAUGAGAUCUGACCCAAAUUGAUUGUGCUUAACUGAGGUCAAAGGUCAUAUUUUUGUCAGCGCUGUAGCAGUGUGUAAAUUCAACACAUUCUAUCAGGCUGUCAACUGUAAGUUUUCUAUUUAUGUAAGUGUAUCAUGAUGUUUCACUGAUAGCUUAAUUGGAUGUUGAAGUGGAACUCACACAAUUGGGCUAUAAAUUACAUAUGAACUGAUGCAAUAUUUUUUUGAUUAAUUAUUUGAUUAUUGAAAGUGGCAAAAUGUGCAUGUACAGUAUCUGACAGUGGCAACUUAUGGAAUAAAGUUUUUUUUAAGGCUCACAUAACCUUGUGCAUGAAGCAUCUAAUAUUUUAGCCGUGUGAGGAGGUGGGCAGAGUAAAAGCACCUGCCUUUCCCCUGAAGAGUUGUUCGACCAGAUUCCAGUGUCAAAUUCAAGACUUAAGAACAAGCACAGGGGUGAAACAACAUCCAUUGUACUGAUCGCAGAGAGAUUGCAUCUGUUUGGGUUAACUUGUGAUGAGCCGGAGUUAACUGUCUCAAGAACUAAGUUAUUAGAACCUCCAGACAGAACCUCUUCAAGCAUGCGGCAGAAGGUACGUUUCCAAAUAUUGGGAGGAAUUUUACCAUGUACUGUAUUUAACGUAACAAGAUCAUUGACCCACUCUGUGCUUUA